AUGAAGGAAUCGUCUUCGGGUCAAGGGACUUCGCUGCAACAGGUCGCAUCGAAUCUUCGCACCAUUCAACCGGCGCUCUUCGUUCGGGAUCUGAAUCAAAGCAAGACCGGCACGCGUGGAGCCAUCAGCGACUCAUUGGCCAACUAUGUGCGCAUCGUGACUCAUCCAUUAAACCAAAUGCUGCAAUACCACGUAAAGUUUGAGCCGAUCGUUGACUCAAAGGCUUGCCGCGAAGAAAUGCUGAAGGUGAUCGGCAUUUUCGACUUUGUGAUCUUCGAUGGUGCAAUGUUGUACGCUCCGAAGGCUUACAAGUUUCAGCCUUCUUACGUGACUCCUCAUCCCAACACUGAGGAAAACAUCAAGGUUUCGUUCAAGGUGACAAUGGAAUUUGGACACGACAACCCACAAGCUCUACACGUUUACGACUUGCUGAUUCGCAGAUGCAUGAAAGCAACAGGACUCAUCUCGGUCGCUCGCCAUUUCUUCGACCCAAGACGCAACGUGUCUGUGGAUCAAUAUGGAAUCGAGUGCUGGCCUGGAUACUUCACGGCAACGCGUUUGCAUGAUGACGGACUGAUGGUUUGCAUUGAAAACCGCUGGAAAGUCUUACGCAAGGAUACGGUUGCUAGCCAGAUGGUGCAAAUUCUACGCAGAACCGGUGGAGUGAACGAGCGUUUUUGGUCCGAAUGUGAGCGUCUCUUCGCGAAUCAAACCAUCAUCACUCCAUACAAUCACCGAAUGUAUCGCCUCACCCGUGUGGAGCCGGAAAUGCACCCUUCAUCAACAUUCACUUUGGGAAGCGGUGAAGAACUGACGUUCGCGGAAUACUUUCAGCGACAAUACAACUUGCAAGACAUCGACAUGGAGCAGCCACUUUUGGUCUCUGAAGGCAAACCAAAGCAACCGGGCGAGCCUCCACAGAAGACGUAUCUCUUGCCUCAAUUCUGUCGACUCACUGGAAUCACGGACGAUAUGCGAAACAACAUGAGCAUCAUGCGCGCGAUGUCACAAGUGACCCGUCUCACACCAGAAGCUCGUCUCAAGAUGACACAAGGAUGGCUUGAGCAAGUGCGAGAGAAUCCGGAGCUUCAGCGCCUUUUCCAAGCCUGGGAAUUUGAAUUGGAUGGCGAAAUUAUUCAUUUCCCAGCUCGCGUCUUGCCAGAAGAAAGACUUUAUGGUGCUCGCCCAGAUGGUUAUGUGGGGCAAAACGCUGAAUGGGCUCGAUUUGUCAAGCAGAACGGAAACUGUGUUAGCAAAAACCUCAAGGAUUGGAUUCUGGUGGCACCGAACGUUGGUCCGCACGCAUUUGAAGCUGCCAAUAAGUUCAUUGCUGAAUGUAGAAACCUUGGAACCCAGCUUGGCAUGCGAAUCAAUGAGCCUACCUGUGUGUCAGUCAACUCUCCUGAUCCAACCGACUACAAUCAAGUGGUGAAAGAGGGAGUGCGACGAGCUGCUGAAGAAGGAAGAAAAGUUGAAAUGGUGGUCAUCAUCCUCGUCGAUGACAACAAGACGCGCUAUGAUUCGAUGAAGAAGCUCGUUUGCCAUGAUGUUCCAGACACUUAUUGGUCGCUCUACGGACGGAAUCAACCGGCAAUUCGGCUCGAUUUGCCUGAAGAUCCUUCUCCAGAUGAACUGCAAGAUGGGUGGUGCUGCAUGGAGGAUCAAAAUUCCGGUAUCAAACAAGCGUUGAUCAUGGGCUAUGACCUCUACGCGGAUUCCACCACGCGAGGAAAGGCUGCGGGCGCUUGUGUCUCGUCAUUCGAUCAGGACUUCACUUCCUGGUACAGUCAAUGCCGUCACCACGAUAAUCCGACCGAAUUGGGCACGAACUUGGUUCACUUUGUGCGAAAGGCUCUUCGCAUCUACUACGAACGAAAUGCUGAGCAAUUGCCCGAAAAACUCUUCUUGUACCGUGACGGAGUUGGAGAUGGACAAAUCCCAUACGUUGUUCGGCAAGAACUUCCUCUGGUGCAAAAGGCUUGUGAAGAAGUGGCGGCAACUGUGGAUGCACCUCCAAUCAAGAUAGCUUUCAUACUCGUCACCAAGAAGACCAACACGCGAGUGUUCAAACAGCUCGGAGCGAAUGUAGCAAAUCCAUUGCCUGGAACAAUCGUCGACAGCUACAUCACUCGUCCCGAAAGAUACGACUUCUACAUGGUCCCUCAAGCAGUCAACCAAGGAACUGUCGCUCCUGUACACUACAGCGUUCUUCACGACACAACUGGAUUUGAUGCAGACAAACACCACGCUUUGGCAUUCAAGCUCUGCCAUCUUUACUACAACUGGCAAGGAACCGUGAGGGUUCCAGCGCCAUGUCAAUAUGCGCACAAGUUGGCCUUCCUCUUUGCUCAAUCCCUCCACAAGGAAGCACACAAUUCUCUUCGCGACAAAUUGUUCUAUCUU